AUGUCGUAUUUGAAUGGUUUAGAGCAAUGUGUUGAUUCCUUACAAACAAGUAUAGAUACCCUUUCAUCAAGCAUCGUCGCCCUAGACUCAGGAAUCCAUGAUUUUCCAAGGAUCAAACAAGUUCUAAAAGUCCAACGACAUUUUCAUUUGAUAUCUGAGCAGCAACUUCAAGAGCGUCGUCAAAAAUUUGAUGAAUCCGUUAAGCCUUACUUGUUACAGGCUUUUCAAAAAUUAGAAGAUUCUAUAACUGCAUUACAACGCCAGGAAGAUAGUCUAAGAACAAAAUACGAGCUGCAAGAAGCUCGUCUUGAUAUGCUAAAAAACCGACCUCCCAUAAGUGCGCUCCCUUUAAAUUCAGACACCACUGAUCAAUUAAAAACAACAAUAGCUAAACGCCAGAAAUUAUUAUACACUUUAGAAAGAUACGAUUUGCAACUGCGUCAAAAACGAGGAUAUUAA